AUGCUCACCAAGUCAGCUUCCCGCGACAACACAGCGACGGUCAUUGGCCUCGGCCACGCGUCUCGUGCCGCAUGCGGCAUCAUCGCACCGACUAUCGGCGGCUUCAUCAUGCAGCAGGCGGGGGCCCGGGGAGUGGGGCUGAGCUGCCUUGGGAGCAUGGGGUUGGCCCUUUCCUACUGGCAGCUCUCCUCUAAGCACCUCACCUGGGGCGCCAAGAAGGGAGAAAAGGAGCUGUAA